AUUGUGUUGAGGUACACGAGUAAGAAAAUGAGAAGUAAAAAAGCAGAUUUGGGGUGAGGAGAACAAAGACUUGGUGCUUUCGCUGCUCUCGUUACGUUUUUGAUGGGACAAAGACCCACUUUACAUCAUAACCUCGAAAGCCCGCAAAGCUUUUCGUUAUCGAUUACGUUUUCCUUUUUUGAUAUCCUUUCUGGGAAUGGAUUAAACCCUGUUGAAGAGAAUCAGGUUUUGUAAUUCUGUUUAGUCAUACUAAGAACUUAUAGUUCUUAUCAUGGCAUUGGAGCUCUUACCGAUAGGAACUGUUUUGGCCUACCUAACAACUCAUAUCAUAAAAACUGCCGAAGCUGCAAAGGAUGUCCUUAUAGAGAAGGAGAGCUUCAAAGUUAUGUCGAAAUACCUAUUCGAUAUUGAACCCGUUUUGAAGGAAUUACAAUUGCGAAAGCUGAAUGAUUCUCAGACUGCGAGACAAGCUCUGGCCUUCCUUGAAGAAGAUGUUAAGAAGGCAAAUUACUUGGUGGAGAAGUAUAAAAACCGAGCUCGAUUCUACUUAUUAAUCAAAUGCAGGAGCAUAGUCAAGGAGGUACAGGAUGUGACGAGGGAUAUUGGAAGAUCACUGGCUGCUUUGUCCCUUGCGAGCACUGAAGUUCUCUUAGACAUCUCCGAAAAAGUGAACAGGUUACAGAAUGAUAUGCAAAGGGCAGAGUUUGAGGCUUCUCAAACUCAGCUCCGGAUUGUAGAAAAAUUGGACCAGGGUCUUAAGGAGCAGAAAGUUGAUCAGGGCUUUGCAAAUGACAUGCUUGAAGAAAUAGCAAAGGCAGUUGGGAUUCCUGUUGAACCUUCAAAAAUAACUGAAGAGCUUGAAAGCUUUAGAAGGGAAAAAGAAGAGGCGGCAGCCCGUAAGGAAAGGGCAGAAGUGUUCUUCCUGGAACAGGUCAUUGAACUGCUCUCUAGAGCUGAUGCUGCGAAUGAUCACGAGACAGUCAAGGCAGUGUAUAUACAGAGGAUUCAGACCAUAGAGAAAUAUGAGACAUGGGGAGAAUACAUCACUCCAUUUAAUUCUUUCAUUUGUCCCAUAGCAAAGGCUGUGAUGUUUGACCCCGUUAGCAUCUGCACAGGUACCACAUGUGAGAGACGGGCCAUUGAGGCCUGGUUCGAAUGUGGAGAGAGAACUGACCCAGACACUGGUCAACCUCUUGAUGACUUUUCUCUGAGGUCCAACCUUAAGUUGAGGCAGUCAAUUGAAGAGUGGCGGGAACUCAAUUACUGUCUUAAGAUCAGAUCUGCCAGAGCAAAGCUGUUAUCAGGUGAGGAUUUGUCCACGGAAGAGGCUCUUGACCAAAUUCAGGAACUUAUUAUAGAAAGCCCAAUCAACAAGGACUGGGUUGCUAUAGCAGGGCUUAUUGAUAUUGUUGUCCCAAUUCUUGGAAGCUCACAUAACAGAGAUGUGAAGAGAAGAAUUUUAAUUACAUUGAAAGCUGUUACAGAAGAGCACACCAGAAAUAAGGAUAGGGUGGUUGAGUCCCAAGGAGUAGAGCACCUGGUUCCCUGCUUAGGGCGUGACCCAAAUACAUCAAUGGCUGCGGUCGAGCUUCUCUUAGAGUUGUUGCAAGACAGAUCUGGUUGGAAUGUAUCUGUUCUAAGAAAGCUCUCUCAGCAAAGCAGUGCAAUUAUCUUCCUUGUUACACUUCUAAAAGGUACAGUUAUUGAGUCAGCAGAGAAAGCUGAAAAGAUCUUGCUAAAGCUUUGUGAUGAUGAUGAAGAAAAUAUUGCUCGUGCUGCUAAGGCCAACUGGUAUAAGCCACUUAUUAAUCGACUAAUUCAAGGGCCAGACUCAUCAAGGAUAUCAAUGGUGAAAACUUUGGUGAAUAUGGAACUGGUUGAUCAGAAUAUAGCGCUCCUUGGUGAGGAAGGAGUAAUACCUCCCUUACUGGAAAUGGUAUUGGGAAGUGUUGAUUGUAAAAACUUGGCCUUGUCUGCUCUAGUUAAGCUGUCAAGUUGUCGUGAGAACAAAAGGUUAAUUGCAGCUGCUGGAGGGGUUCCUCUUGUUCUUGAUCAGUUGUUCUCUUCCCAUGUAUACACCUUUAUCAUCGAGGGGUGCUCCAAGAUCCUGGAGAGACUUUCUUCAAACGGUCAUGGGAUUGAGUUCCUAACUGAUUCAAAAGGGGACUGCCUCGAUUUAGAGCAGAUCGUUGCCAACUUGCUUGCGUUUCAACAGGAUCCAAGCUUAUCCCAUGCCAUCCGCAAGCCUGUAUUGCGAGCAUUGCUUGCAAUUUGCAGGUCUGAAGCAAAGCCUGUGGAGAAGGCAGUUGCUAGUUCUAGUGGUGUUUCUAUUAUCCUUCCUCUGUUAGAUGACCCUGACCAGGAAAUCAGAGAACUUGCCCUUAAUCUACUAUCCCGCUUCUCCAUCCAUGAGCCUCAGGGGAUUGGGGACUUCCUUCUCAUGCAGCCGAGGGUGGAGACUUUGGUGCAUUUUCUUAAGGAUGACAGUCGGAGUGAUGCACAAAUGGCAGCAGCUGGGUUAAUAGCCAAUCUUCCAAAAUCAGAAGUAGCACUCACAACGAUGUUGAUUGAAUCAGAUGCAUUGCCAGCACUCUUGCAUAUCUUGAUAUCUGGAACUAUGGAAGCAAAGGAGAAUGCCCUCGGAGCACUCUUCAGGUUCACGGAUCCUACAAAUCUUGGGACACAACGCAUGGUGGUUGAAUUAGGGGCCUACCCUUUACUUUUGAACUUUCUGAAGUCUGAUUCCAUAACAGCCAAGGCAAGAGCAGCAGCACUCAUAGGUAACUUUUCCUCGAGCAGUCCAAAACUCACGGUUGUGCCUAGACCAUACAGUUGGUGGUGUUUUCGUCCGGCACAUGUGACUGUAUGUGUAGUGCAUGGUGGCAUUUGCAGUGUGAAGACAACAUUUUGUCUGUUGUCAGCAAAUGCUUUACCUGAACUGGUGCAACUCUUGCAAGAGAAGGUUAAUGAAACUGCCUAUGAAGCACUUCAAACACUAUCCACAUUGGUUUGGGAAGAUGCUUCUCAUAGAGGGGCCUAUGCUUUGCAUGAAGCUAACGCUAUCUGUCCAAUACUGGAGGUGCUGAAUUGGGGACCUCCCUCCCUAAAGGAGGAAGCUCUAAGUCUUUUGGAGAAGGUGUUUGCAAUGAGGGAACUGGUGGAGUUAUAUAAAUCACAAGCUAGGAUGCAUCUUGUUCGGUUGACCACCCGAAGCAUUCAUGAAGAAAGCCAGCUUGGAAGGAAGGCUGCCAGAGUCUUGGCACAGCUUGACCGCUAUUCGAAGUCAUCAAUGCCUCUCGCUUGAAGGGAAAAAGCUUGUUCAGGAUGCUUGUUU